CGGGCAGCAAUACUUUCUUUGAUACGGUCGAUCCGACACCAUCCCACAUCAAAGACGAUUCGAUUUAAAGAAAAAUAAGAAUCAAUGAAGGAAGUGAAGUCAUGGAAAGUGUUGAACUAGAUUUACCAAAGCUUACAGAAUACGACGACGAUGAUGACCUUGAAAAGUAUGAUGAGGUGAGAGUGGAGUUGAACAAAGGACUUGUCUUGAAUGAUUUAAAAACUGAAGAUGGUGCUCACUUUGAAGUCAAACCUCCACCAGACUUACCAGAUCCAGACACAGAUGCAUACUUUGAAACUGAGGAAGUUUUCAAGCAGCUGAACAGAGAAUGUCUUGGAGAUGAUGGCGACAAUGAUGAUGACGGUCUGUCUCCUUUUGAGAAGAUGGCAAAGAAAAUGGAGGAUAUUACUCCUGAGAAGAACAGGAAAGUUCUCAAGAGUUGUAUCAAGCAAGGAGCAGGGGCAUUACCUAUUCAAGGCAUGACUCUAACUGUACAUUAUAAUUGCUAUGUGGAGUACAGUGAUGAGCCGUAUGAUUCAACGCGUCUCAGGAACAGACCAGAGCGAAUCAAACUUGGGAAAGGUGAUAUUUUCCUUAGUGUGGAGUUGGCCCUAAGUUCAAUGCGUAAAGGGGAGAUAUCCAGAUUUUUAAUCCAUCCUGAUUUGGCCUUCAAAGACCUUGGUGUUCCUCCUAGGAUUCCAGCAAAUGCUACAAUUUUGAUGGAGAUUGAGGUACUGAACUGCACAGAUCGUGCUGAGCUAGAUGAGUUUAACAACAUGAGUGAAGAAGAACGCAAAGAAAUCACAUUCAAGAGAAAGCUGAAAGUAGUGUAUGAAGAAAGAACGGAAGGAAAUGAACUCUUUAAUGAUAAGAAGUACAAACAGGCAUUAUCAAAGUAUAUGAGAUGUUUAAGGAUUUUGGAAGGAGCUCACCUGAGGAAUCAGGAGGAAGAGGAUCAUAUGAGAUCAAUUCAUACCAAGAUCUGUCUUAACAUUGCUCUCUGUAGUUCAAAGCUGAAAACACCAGAGAGAGUCAUAUCAUAUUGCAAUCGGGUCUUGGCAGUGGAUCCAAAAAAUCCCAAAGCGCUCUACAGGAAAGGCAUGGCCCAGAUGGAGUUGCGUGAUUUUCGAGGUGCCCAUGUAUUCCUGACCAAAGCCCAACAACAGGAACCAUCUAAUACUGCAAUACUCAGUGGCCUCAGAGAACUUAACAAGGCAUGGAAGCAGUGGAACUUAAUGGAACGUACUUGUUAUGGCAACAUGUUCCCAGAUUGGAAAAAAGAUGACCAGCUGAAAGAAGGUGAGAAGUCACAAAGGAAAAUACCUGAAAACGUUCAGAAAAACAUCAGAGAAAAGUUACGGGAUUUUCAAGAAGCCAAGAAGAAGAACGAAAUGACAUUCCAAGCCAAGACUAUGACACCAUCAGAAAUCAACUUCCUGGAGACGGUUGCUAAGGAAUUCAGCAUGACGUUCCAGAAAAGAGAAUAUCAAGGCGAGCAGAUUAUCAAAAUCAUGAAGGAAGCUGCAGGUAAAGUUGAACAGUGAAAGAACUGUCUUAUCAGAAUGUUUGCAAGCUAUGCCACCUUGUCAAAUUACCAUGAGAUUGCCACAAUACAAUACGAGUUCAUUUUCAUCUGCUGCUUCAAUACUACCAUCAUGUGCUGUAGGGUGAGAUUUCUCUUUUGCAUGACCUUUGAAAAAACACCAAGUAUUUUUAACAUUCAUGCAGCCUGGAGAACCCCAAGCAAAAAUGUACAGGAAAAACUGGAAACUCUGCAAUGGCUAAAUUAAGUUGAGUUGCACCAGAUGGCAAAGUUCAAACCUUGCAGGAGGAAAAAGUGGAACUUCUACAGUGGAUAUGAAAAUUUCUAUGAGGGAAUUCCAACUUGAUCUUAGUAGCUUCUGUCAGUAUUGUCAUCCUUCAUCACUCACUCACUCUAGGAUGUGUGGAAGACAAUGAAAACCCUUACAUUAAUGUGCUGUUCAACACUGGUACAAUACGAACGUAAAAAGCAUUGAUAGUGAAGUCUCUUCUUUUUAUAUCAUUUCGUUGCUGCUGGCAGGUGUGAGGAAUAUAUACUAGUAGAUAAUUUUAUUUUCUCACAAGGGAUGGAAGUGAGGUUGCCAGAAGAAAGUUUCUCUCAUAGACUUAGUACACAUGUCUCUGAUUGGGCUUUGUUCAAGGAUGUCAAAAUGUCGCCUUGAGGACAGUCUUUUCUACUGUCAUAUGAUUUCUUGACGUAUACGAGGUUAGAAUGUGAUUUAGCCGAUUGUUCUUGGAAAACUGUUAAAAAUAGCUUUAAAUUUUUGAAUGAGUGUUCUAAUAUCCUUGAUCGCUUGGCACCAGAAUCAUACUUUAUUUAAGCCAUGAUGGAAUAUCCAUGAGUGUUACUCAAAGAGAGUAGCAUCACUAGCAUGGCACACAUUAUACAUUGACAGAUCAUGGUCAAGGGAUUGCAUCAUCGUCCUUGGGAUUAAUACCACAUGCAUA